AUGGUUGCCAAAUUCAUUUGUUUGGCCUUUGCGCUCCUCUAUACUGCAUCAGCAGCACCAGAGAGCCGCAUCGUCGGCGGUACCCCUACAACUAUUGAGCAGUUCCCGUACAUUUCUGCUUUCGUCUACCACUACCCAAAGCCCAAUAUCUUAAUCCAGAGGUGUGUUGGUUCCAUCAUUUCUUCAUAUCAUUUACUAACUUCAGCUUUUUGUUUUACAGGUGCUGAUCCAAACAACAUGCGCAUUCGCGUUGGUUCCACAAACAGCUUGCAAGGUGGUAUAUUAGUAGACAUUCAUGAAGUGAUCAAGCACCCCGAUUAUGUCGAGUUACCACGGACCGCCGAUAUCGCUAUUGUGAAAUUAAAAGACCCACUGAGGAUGACUGAUACCGUUAAUAUGUUGUUCAUACCUCCCGCGGGAACAUACAUCCCGGAUCACUUGGCGACCAAAAUCGUCAGCUGGGGAUUUGAAUCUGAGAACCCUUCGAGUCAACUGCAAACGCUUAAGACCAUUACACUCAACAAAAUACCCUUAGCCGACUGUCAGAAGAGCUUUGAGAAUGAGAAUGUUACUAUCACUGAUGCCGUCAUCUGCGCAAGAGCUCCAGGUAAGGGUAUCUGCGGUGGAGACUCUGGCGCGCCCAUGGUGUACGACUCUGUGCUGCUGGGACUGGCCUCUGACUACAAGAACUGCACCACCGACGAGUUCCCAGACAUCUUUACUAGGAUCGACUCCUACACGGAUUGGAUCAUGGAGGUCGCCAGAGCAGACGGCACCUCUGAAUUGCUUAGAAUUGCAAAAGGCUUUUAAUCCAAAAAAACUUUUUAGUUUU